ACAAGUGGGAAGGGGGCGCGUGGGAUCAAAUUCAAUGUCUCUCUCUCUCUCUCUCAAAUCGAACCAUCGCCAUAGGCACAAACCUCUGUCUCUCUCUCUCCUUCCUUAAUUAAUAACUUCAAAAUUAAAGAAAUAAAUUGAUUCAUUUCCAAUUUUUGAUUUUUAAAAAAAAAUCCUUUGAUUGCUUCGUUUCUUCUUCAAGUCUCUCUUUCUCUUCGUCAGAUUCUCACCCAGAGAGAGAGAGCCCCUUGAACUCUCAUGGCUGAGUUGACUCAGGCCUCCGAUGUAGUUUACUCGCCUCGUUCGUUUCAAGUGUGGAAGACUUUGGUGGACUGGCUCGCUUUCUUUUAUCAGAUCUUUCUUCAGAUCCUCCGUGCUGUUGGUUAUCAUCCUCUUCUCUCUUCUUCUUCUUCGUCUUCUGCUAAAGCCACCGCUGAUGGUUUCAAACCCUUGCCGUCUAUUGAGUUGCUCGAUAGGCCUGCUGAAUCUCCCACCACCGUCGAUAUCGCCUCCAGCGAUGGUGGUGAACUUCAGAGACUUAAGGUAGUUCUAGACUUGGAUGAGACUUUGGUGUGUGCAUAUGAGACGUCGAGUCUACCUGCUGCUUUACGAAAUCAAGCAAUUGAAGCCGGAUUAAAGUGGUUUGAGCUGGAGUGCUUAUCCACAGACAAGGAAUGUGAUGGGAAACCUAAGAUCAAUUAUGUCACGGUGUUUGAGCGCCCUGGAUUGCAUGAGUUUUUAGAGAAACUCAGCGAGUUUGCAGAUCUUGUUCUGUUUACAGCUGGUCUUGAAGGAUAUGCGAGACCGCUUGUGGAUAGGAUAGAUACCAGGAAAGUACUCAGCAACCGACUUUAUCGACCUUCAACAGUCAGCACGCAAUACCGAGAUCAUGUGAAGGAUCUGUUAAGCACAUCAAAGAAUAUGUGUAGGACAGUAAUUGUUGACAACAAUCCUUUCAGCUUUUUAUUGCAACCAUCAAAUGGGAUUCCAUGUAUUGCAUUUUCCGCUGGGCAGCCAAAUGACACUCAGCUCUUGGAUGUUAUUCUACCGCUUCUGAAGCAACUAUCAGAGGAAGAAGACGUACGACCGACACUUUAUGAUCGCUUCCGCAUGCCUGAGUGGUUUGAGAAGCAAGGCAUACCACCUUCGUGCUGGAAUCCUUAACCAGAUAAGUGGAGAGUUAUGGUGAAAACCGAAAUAUCAGAAGUCUGUGGUACACACACAGAAAAAAAGACAGAGGACUUGUUUGGUACAUUAGUUUCAGCAAUGGAAGCCAGAGGAGAAGAAGGAAGGCACAUAAACUACCAUUCAUAUUGUCUAUAAUCUAUAUGGUAGAUUCCCUUUACAAGAUUAAACUCUUUUUACACAUUCUUGAUUUCAAGUGAUUCUGUAGAUUUCUCUGUAAUUUUGUUAAUGAUCAAGCAUUUUUUUCUUCUU